ACUCCACGGCGAAUUACGGCUGCGAUACGAGAAUGUCACGUUAACUGAUAGGAUUUGCACUUAUAGCCAAUGCAGUUAGAUGUUUGAAAAACCAUGCUUGAAAGUACUGCUUGCUAUAGAUUCGAUAGAUAAGUUUAAACGAAUAUGACCAUUAUUUCAAGAGGUCGUUUGGUGCAAGUUAUUUAACCUUUGUACUAGAAAUGUCAAGUUGUUUAGCCUUUGCACGAGCCAUCGUGCCGACCGUCUCGCUUGCAGCUUCACAGCCGUUCUGAUCAUUACCAUUGGACACCGGCACGAAUCUUACAGGCGGAUGCACGCGUGCCGGUGAGAAAGAAUAACGGCCCGCACUUUACUUUCCAAUUCAUGUUUAUAUAUACAUUUAUUUACGGCAAACAAACAAAGCAACGUCGAAACAGAACCAGCAAACCGCCUCCGUCCCCUCUCUGCCAGUCCGCCCAUCCCCGACCCCGAGCAGGCCGGUGACCAUCCAAGAAUCCCAAGAACCCAAAUCGCCAUGGCCAUGGCACCGGAGCCCUUCUUCUUCACUCCGCCGCCAGCGCCGCGGCAUCUCGCCGAGCUCCGCAUCGACCCCGCGCACUAUGCUGUCGCCUUCUCCGCGCCCUGCGCCGCCGACGCGGGGCGCAAGCGCCGCUGCCUCCUCCCGGCCUCCUCCGUGCGCAAGAGGAUGCUGCUCGAACUGCCCCCCUUCGACCCCGCGCCGAACACACCGUCGCCUCCACCGACGCCCCCGCCCACGCCCACCACACCGACGGCGCCGCGCGCCGCGGAGUUCUCGUUCGGGCCGGGACUCCGCCCGCGCCACCCGACCUCCGCGGGGAACAUGUUCGCGUUCGCCGAGAACGCGACGGGGACGCCGGGGGCCUCCUCGGCCAGCAGCGCGGGGAACAUGUUCGCGUUCUUGGCUGCGCCGGAACGGCCCGACACGCCCACUGGUCCCACCUCCAGGGGCGGCUUCGUGUUCGCUGCUUCGCCGGAGGGGCCGCUGACGCCCACCUCCAGGGGCUCCAACACCAGCAGCCUCACGUUCUUGGCUUCGCCGAAGCAGCCGUUGACGCCCAUGGUCUCCACUGCCAGCGGCUGCGAGGCGUCCUUGAUGCCCACCGGCAGCGGCGCAGCCGCGUCCCUCCACUCCGCGAAGACGGCGCGCACUGGCGCCACCGGAAGCGUCGGGUUCCAAUUCUUCCCUUCGCCGGGGCCGGCGUGCGCGAAACUAGGCUCUACAUCUUCCGCCGCGGCCAAGGAGAUGACGCUUCCUCCGGUGGGUCUCGGAACGCCGUCGUUCGUCUUCUCGGCGUCGCGGUCGCUGCCUCUGCCGCGGGGCGGGAGCAGGAAGCGGCCGCGGCCCAACCUCCGCAUCGAGACGAGCCCUCGUCGCAUGUGUCCGCGACACUGGGAGGAAGAUACGCUGCCGCCGCCGCCGCCGCAGCAGCUCACCCCGUGGCCGCAGAAGCUCGCCAAGACGAACUCCACCGUCAACCCCGAGGCCUCCCGCUCGUCUAUCAUGUCGGAGCCGUGCUGUGCGUUCUUCGCAUCGCCGGGAAAGGCGGCCAAGCAGGAAACCAAGAAAGCCUCCAGCGAGGCAUCCCGUUCGCCAGCCGGGUCACGCUGCACGUCGCCGGAGACGAGGACUUCCUCGCCAGAAAAGCCGAGAAAGCCGGGGCAAGAGGUGGAAGUGUCCAGCGCGGUCUGCUCCGGAGCCGAGCUGGUGCUGCGCGUGACCUGCAAGUGCGGCGUUCACAAGGAGUUUAGCUUCGACCACCGUGUCUGAUCAACUAGCUCCUAUCCAUCCUCAUCGUCGGUUUUCGUGUUUUGCCUUGCAAUUCACCGGAGUCUUAGGACAAGGUUAGCUGCACUGAAUUUUGAACCAUACGGGCUCAGUUAGAAACGAGUUUAGCCUUUGAAGUGCUUUAAAGAGUAUAAUGUAGAAAUUAAACGAGUUUAGCUCUGGCACUGAAUUUUUCUUUCUUGAGUUCUGGCUUCAUUUCUCCCCUGAACUCGGCAACAAUGGAAUCGCACUUGUCUUUCGUCCAAAUGUUUGAUGUUUCUAAGCUUGUGGUA